AAGAAAAGAAAAAGGACAGAGGAGAACAAAAAGAUACCAACAAUACCCACGAGAGAGAGCCUGAGUUGAAGGCAAUGAGGAUAAAAAGGGGUCGCAUCAAGCCCUCCCCACACACACUUCACAGCCCAAAGGCAAUCACAGACAAACCUACCAAGUGAAAGAGAUUGAGAGAGAAAGAGAGGGAGAGAGAGAGAGACUGGUCUUCAACCUUGGCUUUUUCCCCUCUCCACCACCGCCACUAGCCAACCAGAGAGACAGAGAAGCAAAGACAAAUCGAAACUCCAUCCUCCUUCUUCAGCUGUGUAUCGAGCAGCAAGAGGUCUUCCCCCCUGCCCUACAAUCCUUUUCUGGAAAGUAAAAACUCUUUCUCUGAUGACCCUUUUGUGCUUUUCGUCCAUGGAAGUGCAUACCAACUUCAAAGAUCUUCUUCCGUUUUAGUUUCUGUCUUCGCUCCUAACUAGAGGGAAGGAAAGGGCACAAGUAGAAAAGGCUCUGGCUUUUGUUUCUCUCUUUGGUCUUUCUUUGAAUUUUAGCUUGUUGGGGUUUUUCAGUAGGUGGGCAUGAGUGGAAAGAUUGAAGAAGAUCAAGGAGAGUGUUCGCAAACCAUCGACAAUUUCCACAGCACCCCCCACCACCACCACCACCACCUACAAGAUCACUACCACCACCAACAACAGCAACUGCUCCUCCAGAUGCACCACCACCACCACCAGAACGACCACGCUUUUGGCGGCGCGGUCUUCCACCCGGACCUCCAAGCCCCGCCGUCCGUCCUCCCCUGGCCCCUCCAGCAGGCCCACCCGGCCUUCCACUCUGGCCGCGAGCCCGACCCCUUUCUCCUCCCUCCCCCGCCUCCUCUGCCACCGUCGCCCUACGCCGGCUUCUUCAACCGAAGGGCCCCUUCCUUGCAGUUCGCCUAUGACGGCGGUCCAGCCUCGGACCAUCUCCGGAUCCUAUCCGACGCCCUCGCGGUGGGCGUGGCGGCUCAUCCUGGCGCCGCCGCCGCCGUGGCGCCGUUCGGGCUCCAAGCCGAGCUGGGGAAGAUGACGGCCCAAGAGAUAAUGGACGCCAAAGCCCUCGCCGCCUCGAAGAGCCACAGCGAGGCCGAGAGGAGGAGGCGAGAGAGGAUCAACAACCACCUCGCGAAGCUGCGUAGCUUACUCCCCAGCACCACUAAAACGGAUAAGGCAUCAUUGCUGGCAGAAGUGAUCCAGCACGUGAAGGAGCUGAAGCGCCAGACGUCCCUGAUCGCCGAGACGAGCCUAAUCCCGACCGAGACCGACGAGCUCACGGUGGACACUUCGGAUGAAGAAGUCGACGGCAAGCUUGUGAUCAAGGCAUCGCUGUGCUGCGAGGACCGGUCCGACCUCUUGCCCGACCUCAUCAAGACACUGAAGGCGCUGCGGCUGCGGACCCUGAAGGCCGAGAUCACCACACUCGGCGGGCGGGUGAGGAACGUCUUGUUCAUCACCGGCGAUCACGAUCAGGACUUGAGCGGCGACAAUGGAGAGCACCAAGAGCACCAGCAACACAUACAGCAGUACUCAUUGAGUUCAAUACAAGAGGCGCUCAAAGGGGUGAUAGAGAAAGCUGGCGGGGGCGAUGAGUCCUCUUCUGGGAAUGUUAAGAGGCAAAGGACUAACGUCAAUAUCCUCGAACACAGGUCUCUCUAACAAUGUCGACCAUAUCUAAAUCUUCUUCUAACUUCCAUUUUCUCCUCCUUCUCUACUCUUUCUUUCUUUUUUAUUUUCCUUAUGCUUGCGGGUGUUCCUUUUUUCUUGUUCUUUUUUUUUUUUUUGGAGGGUUUCGGUGUGUGCUUGUGUCUCUUGGCCACUAAACAGCCGGCAAUAUGAUGGUACUUUUUUUUUAACCACGUGCACGGCUCCAUUUAAUGGAGAAGCAAGAGGCCAAAAGAAAAAAAAAUGGUGUUGUACAUGUGUGGUUGGUGGGGAAAUUCCUGCAUUAUUUUCUGGUGCUUCUGAUCUGGUUUGGGCUCUUGGCAGAGAGAUGAUGGAGAUGUGAGUUUGAAAAGAGGAAAGAGAGCGAGAAAUCUUUUUCAUGACAAGAGAAGUUUUCUGAGAUAACCCCAUUCAAGGAAAUGUGAGGAAUUGAUUGCUCUAGGGUUUUCGUUUGAGUCGGGUCCAGAUUAUAUCUGUCCGAUCUUCUGGUUGUUCUUCUUGCUGUAUUUGGACAGUGUGUACGACGUACUACGUGUGCCAUUUUGUC